AUGGAGAGUAACGCACCAGUUAAUUUGGAGGAAUUGCAGAAGAAAUUUUUAGAGUGCUGCAUUUGUCUUGAACUUUUUAAUGAAGAAGAUCGCCAUCCAAGGUUGCUUCCAUGUUUACACACCUUCUGCUUUAAAUGUCUCCAAGCCUUACAUAUCGAAGGAAAAAUAACAUGCCCUCAGUGUAAAUUAACUCAUACACUGGGCGAAAAUGGUUUGGACUGUUUCAGAAAGGACAACACACGGAGAGACUUACUAGAUUUUGUCAAAGCCUCGUCAAAUCAGAAAACCCUUAUAUGUGGCAUGUGUGUUGAAAAUCAAAAGGCCACGCAUAGAUGUAAACAGUGCGAAUAUUUUAUUUGCAAGGAUUGUGUGGAGAUUCAUAAAAAAGUAGUGGAUAUGAGGUCACAUGAUUUGAUUGCAUUGCAAGAUCUUUCUGAUUGUUCACUCGAUCAAUUAGAGAGCUUUACACAUCAAAGUUAUUGCAAGGAUAAAAAUCACGGGAAAAAAGUUUUGGAAAUGUAUUGCUCCUCGCCAACCUGUCAAAAACCGGUUUGUACGAUCUGUGCUUUCACAACUCAUAAUGGCCAUACGAUAUCUACAAUACCUGAAGCUUUUGAUUCAGAAUGUAUUAAAUUAUCCGAAGCCUCUGUAAAAGUAAAAAAUAAGAUUUCAGAAAUAGACAAAGUCAUGAAGCUUGUAGAGAAAGAAACAGCUGAUCUUCCUGAAAAGACAGAGGAACAAAAACACACCAUUCAAGCAAUUUAUGCUAAUGCAAGUGAAAUACUUCGACGUAAAGAACGAGAUUUGUGCAAUGAAGUUACCGAGAAGGAGCAACACAAGUUGGAAAUACUUGAGUUACAAUGUUCUGAAUUACAAGAAUUAAAAAAAGCAUGUGUUGAAUCAUGCAACUUUCUUAAACAUUCCCUUCGAUUCGGGAACAAUGCAGCUUUCUUAGAAUUAUGGCCAACUAUUGAAGCCCGUAUGACAGAACUGAAAUCGUCUACUUUUGAUAGAAAACCUCGUACCAAUGCAUCCUCAUUUAAAGUUCUAAAUGCCCCAAAUUUGUUAGAAUUCCAGAACAUGGCGAAUUCACUGGGGAAAGUUGUAAAUAGUGAGGCAUACUUUCCAAAUUGCAAUGUAAGCGUUCCCACUACAUGUUCCGAAGGGGAAGAAAUAACCUUCGAAGUGUCGCUGAAAACCCUAACUGGCUCAGUGAUAAAUGAUGAGGAUGUAGAGUUAAUUAUUGAAAGAGACUUGGCAGAAUUCGCUCGCUUUAAAUGCACCUUAGCUGAUAAGACAUUUAUUUGUAAAUGGAGCCCGAAUACUGCUGCCAGUUACUGUUGGUACAUAAUCAGCAAUGGCAUGGAAAUGCGGUUUCAGAAUAAUACAAUCAGAGUAGAUGCAAAGUAA